AUGAUACGGUGUGUACUGAUAUUGUUAUUUUUGUUUUUUCAUACAAACAUUCAUAGUAUACAUUUCUCUACAUUAUCUGGACAGAAACCCAUACCACCAUUUGAACAUGUACUAACACCGCACGCAAAAGCCCAAUAUGUGCUUCUAAACAAACUUCCCAAAAAUAGUAAAAAUCUCAAAAACUACACUACUCUUGCUAAAGCUGACUAUAUAAAGUCGUUACCAGGUAUACUCUCGUCUAAAAUUAAUUUUCGACAAUUUUCUGGGUAUUUAAAAGUUAGCAGCACAAAACACAUGUUCUAUUGGUUUGUCGAAAGUCAGAAUAAACCAGCGAGUGAUCCACUACUGUGGUGGAGUAAUGGAGGUCCCGGAUGUUCUGGUUUAAUCGGAUUAUUCGAAGAAUUUGGACCAUUUCGUGUUCAACCAGAUAACAUGACAAUCCUGAUAAAUCCUUAUUCCUGGAAUCGGUUAGCUAAUAUUUUGUUUGUCGAAACUCCUAUUGGUACUGGUUUCAGUUACAGUGAUGUUCCGAAACGUGAUUAUGUUACAUGGACUGAUGAACAAUCUGCAAGAGAUAACUACUUUGCAUUGCAAGCAUUUUUUACCAAAUUUCCACAAUAUAGAAAAAAUGACUUCUAUGUCAGUGCAGAGUCAUACGGAGGACAUUAUGUACCCAUGUUAGCCAAACAGAUAGUUGAUAGAAAUCCAAAGGGAAAUAAAUUAACAAAAAUUAAUCUCAAAGGUCUCAUACUUGGUAAUCCUUACAAUGAUCCAUAUUCACAAGAAUACGUUGGAAAUAUAGUAGCUUAUUUUGGACAUUCGGUCAUCGAUAAACCAACAUAUGAUAAUAUAGUUCAUUAUUGUGUUAAACCUUAUGAAAAGAAUCCAUAUAAUCCUAAAACAGGAAUUGGUUUUCGGCCUUGGAAUGACACGAAUUGUGUUAAAUACGAUAACUAUGCUGACUUUCUUUUGACGCCACAGUUUGUUUCUUCAAAUUAUACAACCGGACUCGAUCCUUAUGGACUCGACUAUGCUUACUGUUCAUCUACUCAAAAUCAACGUGAAGUAUUAUGGUGGUUUCGGCACAAAUCAUCCUCAUCGAAAGAUAAUUCGACAGUUGUAUUUCGACCAUGUAUCAACUCGUACACUAUCUAUUACCUUUGUAAGUCAAAUGUUCAAAAAGCUCUUCAUGUUCGAUCAGCUAAAAUUCCUCCACAUAAUAAUAUAACUGACAAAACGAAAUUAUGGGUUGAUUGUUCGCCUCUAAUAACAGGUCAAUAUAGUCGUAUAAGUUAUUAUAGUUACAUGACUUCUCAUUAUACGUACUUGUUAAAAAAACAACCUAAAUUAAAAAUUCUUAUCUACAGUGGUGAUGAUGACGGAGUAUGUGCAACUGUUGGAACUCAAUAUUGGCUCUAUGGUUUGAAUCUAACUAUCACAUCUCCAUUCCAACCUUGGUAUGAUUAUUUUAUACCAGAUCAAGUCGGUGGGUAUGUCGUAAAAUUCAAGGGUAUCUCUUUGGUUACAGUGCACAGUGCAGGACACGAAAUUGCCUAUUAUUCCCCCGCACGAUCGUAUGGAUUCUUCAAAUAUGUUUUAGAGGGAAAAUUUUGGCCGUGA